UCUUGUUUAUCAUCGUCCUCCUCGACCAUGAAGCUUUUCGCGGCCGCCUGCUUCGUCCUCCUCCUCCUCAAUUGCCGUGUGGCGGAGUCCCGGCGGCACCGUCAUCACCAUAGCCCCAAGGCGGCCUAUCGGACGCACAAGCUGUUCGUGUUCGGGGACGACUUCGCCGACGACGGCAACGGCGACUCGGACUCCGUCGCGUGGCACCAACCGUUCGGCAUGUCGGACACGGCCCACGGCAGGAAGCCGACCGGCCGCUUCUCCGACGGCCUGGUGCAGUCGGACUUCCUGGCCAAGAUCAUGGGCCACAGCGAGUCCCCUCCGCCCUACACGGGCGACGACUGGGACAACGGCAUCGACGCGUCCGGCUUGAACUUCGCCGUCGCCGGCGCCGCCGCGCUGGAUGUGACGGGGGGCGUGCUCAACAUCAGCGCGCAGGUCCAGCAGCUCAGGAACCUGGUCAGGGACGGCCUGGUCGACGACCGCGACUUCAAGGAGUCGGUGGCGCUCGUCGCCUACUCCGGCAAUGACUACACCAGCCAGGACAACUUGGACGAUCAGGUGGCGAAGGUGGUGGAUGAGCUUGCGAGCGUGGUGUCGCAGCUGCAGGACCUGGGCGUGACUAAGGUGCUGGUGAACACGGUGCCCCCGUUCGGGUGCUCGCCGUGGCUGGCCAGGCUCUCCGACUACAGCUCGUGCGACGGCGACGGCAACGCGAACUCCGACAAGCACAACGCGGCGCUCCGGGACCGGCUGGGCGGCGAGGAGGACGUGAUGCUGCUGGACGUGAACAGCAUCGUGACGGACCUGGUGGCGCCCAAGGAAGGCUCGGCGCUGUACGCGGGGAAGUUCACGGAGCUCCUCCGCCCCUGCUGCGAGGGCACCGGCGACGGCGGCUACUGCGGCCUCGACGGCGGCUACUCGCUCUGCGACCACCCGGAGGAGUACUUCUACUGGGACCUCGUGCACCCCACGCACGCCGGGUGGAGGGCCGUCAUGCAGCUGCUCCAGGGGCCCAUCAUGGCGUUCCUCGGCAUCUCCAACCUCGAGCACCUUUGAUCGGCCCAUCGAUCAUUUCCCUCCAUGGAAUAAUAUACAAUAAUAGGCGAAGACUAGCUAGUUUGGAUUUGGUAGUUAGUUAGUUUGGAAUAAUUCUUCGUCCAUGCUUUGCAUUUGGCUAGUUAGCUAGAUAAUACAUCUUACUCCAGGUUUGGAAUCCAUCUGCUGCUGCCUGCUUCUGCUAGAUUAUUGGCUUGUUAAUCGAGCACACAUAUGCAGCUGCCUUUUUGUCUUUGAGAUGGGAUAUAUACUGUACUUCAUCAUAUGAAAAUGGA